AUGGCCACCACGGUGACCUGCACCCGCUUCACCGAUGAGUACCAGCUCUACGAGGAUAUUGGCAAGGGGGCUUUCUCUGUGGUCCGCCGCUGCGUCAAGCUCUGCACCGGCCACGAGUAUGCGGCCAAGAUCAUCAACACCAAGAAGCUGUCAGCCAGAGAUCACCAGAAGCUGGAGAGAGAGGCUCGGAUCUGCCGCCUGCUGAAGCACUCCAACAUUGUGCGCCUGCACGACAGCAUCUCGGAAGAGGGAUUCCACUACCUGGUCUUUGAUCUGGUCACUGGCGGGGAACUCUUUGAAGACAUUGUGGCAAGAGAAUACUACAGUGAGGCUGAUGCUAGUCACUGCAUCCAGCAGAUCCUGGAGGCCGUGCUCCACUGUCACCAAAUGGGGGUUGUCCACAGGGACCUCAAGCCAGAGAACCUGCUCCUGGCCAGCAAGUGCAAAGGGGCCGCGGUGAAGCUGGCCGACUUUGGCCUGGCCAUCGAAGUGCAGGGAGACCAGCAGGCAUGGUUUGGGUUCGCGGGCACACCGGGCUACCUAUCCCCCGAGGUUCUUCGCAAGGAGGCCUAUGGCAAGCCUGUGGACAUCUGGGCAUGUGGCGUCAUCCUGUAUAUCCUGCUGGUGGGCUACCCGCCCUUCUGGGACGAGGACCAGCACAAGCUGUACCAGCAGAUCAAGGCCGGCGCGUACGAUUUCCCGUCCCCUGAAUGGGACACCGUCACUCCCGAAGCCAAAAACCUCAUUAACCAGAUGCUGACCAUCAACCCCGCCAAACGCAUCACGGCCCAUGAGGCCCUCAAACACCCAUGGGUCUGCCAACGCUCCACAGUGGCCUCCAUGAUGCACCGGCAGGAGACAGUGGAGUGCCUGAAGAAGUUCAACGCCCGGAGGAAGCUUAAGGGGGCCAUCCUUACCACCAUGCUGGCCACAAGGAAUUUCUCAGUGGGCAGACAGACCACCGCUCCGGCCACCAUGUCCACCGCCACCUCCGGCACCACCAUGGGGCUGGUGGAACAAGCCAAGAGCCUGCUUAACAAGAAGGCUGAUGGAGUCAAGCCCCAGAGCAACAGCACGAAAAACAGCACGGCCAUCACCAGCCCCAAGGGGACGCUGCCUCCCGCAGCCCUGGAGCCUCAAACCACCGUUAUCCAUAACCCUGUGGACGGGAUUAAGGAGUCCUCUGACAGCACCAACACCACCAUAGAGGAUGAAGAUGCGAAAGCACCAAGGCAUGUCCCUGGUGUCUUGAGCUCCUUGAGGAGGGGCCAGGAGCCCCAGCCCUGCUGCUCCCCUGCCCUUGGGGGGAGCCGUGCCCCUCCUCCCGUCUGUCUGUCCAUCUGCCUCUUGUUCACCUCUGUCUGUUCCGCCCCAGUCCCCCGGAUCUCUGACAUCCUGAACUCCGUGAGGAGGGGCUCGGGCACCCCCGAAGCCGAGGGCCCCCCUCCCUGCCUGUCUCCAGCUCUCCUAGGCCCCCUGACUGCCCCGUCACCCAGGAUCUCUGACAUCCUGCACUCAGUGAGGAGGGGCUCGGGCACCCCCGAAGCCGAGGGCCUUCUGCCCGUUGGGCCCCUGCCCUGCCCAUCUCCGACUCUCCCCGGUCCCCCGCCCACCCCAUCCCGGAAGCAGGAGAUCAUAAAGACCACAGAGCAGCUCAUUGAGGCCGUCAACAAUGGCGACUUCGAGGCCUAUGCGAAGAUCUGCGACCCAGGCCUGACCUCGUUCGAACCUGAAGCGCUUGGUAACCUGGUGGAAGGCAUGGACUUCCAUCGGUUCUACUUCGAGAACCUGCUGGCCAAGAACAGCAAGCCCAUCCACACCACCAUCCUGAACCCGCACGUGCACGUCAUCGGCGAGGACGCGGCCUGCAUCGCCUACAUCCGCCUCACGCAGUACAUCGACGGGCAGGGCCGACCGCGCACCAGCCAGUCGGAGGAGACGCGCGUGUGGCACCGUCGCGAUGGCAAGUGGCAGAAUGUGCACUUCCACUGCUCGGGUGCGCCUGUGGCCCCACUGCAGUGA